CGGACGCCAGCUCCAUACAGUGGCUGCCGCAUCAUCGCCAUGGACACCGCGUCGCCGCUGUUCGUGAUGACGCUGUUGUUCGUGACCUUCUCAGGUGAAGGGCGUGCGGUGGAAGCGGUUUCGGCUUCCGCGUCCCAGAUAGCGGCAGUGCGGUCUGCCUUAUUCAAGAACUACGAUCGCGCACUGCCGCCGCCUGGGGACCAGCUGAAAGUGAGACUCAUCAUUGACCUCCUCAACGUGGAUCUGUAUGGAUACGCGCGGGUAAUGGAGAUUGAAGGCCUUAUUUACAUUGCUUGGACGGACUCACGCUUAUCUUGGACAGGUAGUGACGUAGUAAAAAAUGUUUACGUUUAUACCGACGAGAUCUGGACACCUGACCUAGGAGUUCUACAUAAGUGGCAGGACGACCCAGACGAAUCGUCUCUGGUCAACACAAGGUGCUUCCUGUCGUCUACUGGCUACGUGGAGUGUAUGCCGCCUGUCUACUUUCGCUCGCACUGCAAGCCGGACAAUUCUCGCUGGCCCUACAGCAGGCACAACUGCACGCUGCGGCUCGCCUCCAAGUUGCCGAUCCAGAAGCUCAAGUUCGAACUUAUGGAGGUGGUUUUCGUUUACGAGCUUGCUUCGCGGAACUGGGACAAUUUUCAACUUUCGUCAUACACCGAAGAAGUCGGAGGGAGAUCUAACGUGGUAGUAUCGUUUGAACUAAAGAGGCAUAACUUGAUACAGACAGCAGCUUUCGUCGCUCCAGCAUUUGUGCUGGUCCUGUUGACGGUGAGCACUUGGUUCCUGCCGAUCAGCUGCGACGAGCGCCUCUUGCUGGCGACCCUCUCCGUCUUCCUGCACUGCGCCGUCAUCGACAGCCUGUCGUACGCCAUGCCAGAGGACGGACGCAGCGCGCCGCAGGUCGUGCUGAUGUAUCGCGACCUGCUGGUGGUGGCGUGUGCGUCCUUCAUGGCUGCCGUGGGCCUGCGGAGGCUGGGCAGCCUGCGCACGCUGGACACCCCCGUGUGGCUGCCCUCCCUGCUGGAGUCCGGGCCCGCGCGCUUCCUGCUCUGCUCUCCCCAUGGCUCUCUCAGGCUGCAGGAAGAAGACGAUGCUGAGGGCCUGGUGAGCGAGGAGGAGCCAGUGACAGCUGCCACACCCGCUCCAGCGGCGCUCCUGGCGCUGCUGAUCAACCGCCUGGGUCUGGUUGCGUCGACAGCCACCUGUGUCGCCGCCCUCUCCGUCAGACUCAUGGCUUAACUCUCACCUCCCUGCCACAUACUAACCACCCAUAUGGAUAUCUGUGGACGUCGACUGCCUUCCUAAAAUAAUUUUGCAUUUACGGACGUCUAAAAUGAAAAGUGCUUCUAUUCCGUCCAAUGAGAAGGGUCCCUCUUCAGGUCUGAAUUCAAACUGUCUUACUUUUGGUGAGUCUUACGUUGUUGAGCAGAUCGUUUAAGCAAAGGGUCGACACUUACGCUUUGCUGUCAGUGCUAUUCCAAGUUCAGACCAGUCAUCAACCAACAGCUACAGCUACCAGAUGAGAGAACCACUACCUUUUGAAUUGUCGAAGAGGGCCAGUAUUUAUUGAACUGUGGAACAAACGGAGGGGUGGCAAUUUGAAUGUGAAUUUGCCUUACUUUAAAUGGUCAAGUGGCUCUGUGGGAGAAUUACUGUAUGCGAAAAAAAAAAAAAAACCUUACCUGUUGUCGAGUCCCCGUUCCGUAGAGCAAUUCAACUCCCUUAACACGAUUGGAACUUCGUGUACUCAGUGUAUCAGCAUCGAGAAAUUCGGUCUCCCGUCCACUUUCCGUCACUGUGGACUUUUGCAUCGCUUUCGUUUUUUUUCGCCUGUCAAAGGAUCCUUUACGUUUCGCUAUUGUUAUCAGUGACGCACAGAUAUUCUUCAGUUGUUAUAGAAGUCUGAGUAUCUUACUGGGACAGCUUUCUUUCACUGCCAUGAAGAACCGCCUUACAGGUUUGUAGCGUUAUGGUACCAUCGUUGUUUCCCAGUUACAGUUUUGGUGGCAAGCUGGAUGCCAUAUAGAUAAUCUUGGGCCUACAGUGGAUAAAAAAGUGAAAAGUUUGAACGUAGCACGGUCUUAAUCCAUCGACUUGUUACUUUCAUUAAUUGAUAAUCACAAGGAAAUUAGAGACUGCCACGCCAUAUCAUCUAGUCAGAGUAAUGUCCUUCACAGUGAAAAUGAAAAUAAAAAAAAUUGAAAAAGGUAAUCAAGUUAAUAUAAUGUAAUUCCAUCUUUGUUCCAAAGUGUUUUCUGUGUUCCGCCUAUUACAUUUGCGCCUCUGUAUAAGACAAAUUCUUAAUCUUCAUAUUAUUUUUGAAUAUAUGAGAAAAAGUACUACCACAGCUGUAUCUUGAUAACGUCUUUAUUGUCUUACAUGACUAGUUUCGGUGGCACAUUACCACCAUUUUCAGAUUUCAUCACUGCUAAAAGAGUAACAGAUUUCCUUGGGCCAUUUAUUGUGGAGCCCUUGGUACUAGUACAUGCGGGCAUUGUAGACAGCCAGGUGUCGAAUAGAGACUUUUGAGGAAAGAUAGCCCAUGUGUACUAGGACUAGGACUCCACAAUAAAUGCGCCAAAGAAAUGUAUUACUUUCUCGGCAGUGAUGCAACCUGAGGACGGCAGUAAUGUGCCGCCGCAACUAGUCGUGGGAGAUAAUAAAGAGAGUCUCAAUAUAUAGCUGUGGUAGUACUUUUUUUCAUAUAUGUCAUCAGUUGACGUCUCUCGUCCACGCAGUAGGAUGGACAUCCAUCAAUUAUUUUUAUAUGUUUUUUGUACUUCAUUCACAGAGCUGCAAAUUUAAUCAUAUUCCACACGUAGACAAAUUUAACUGUGAACUGCAAAA